CCAGACUCGGUGGUGGACGUUUGCUGACACGGGGUGUUUUGUUCUUCAUUUGACCUGACCAUAAAGGCUAGCUAGUCAGUGUCAUAGGACAGUGUGGUGUGCUGACCAACGCAUCUGGCACAUAAACAACUGCUUGGAGACAUUCUUGAUCGAGCUUUGGGUUUUGAUUUUGGAAAAUAUUGUCUUGUGCAAUAUGUGGAAGUUGUUUGUUAUUCUCAGUGUAGUGGUGUUCCUAGGGGUGAUGAUGGAGACUGAUGCAAAGAACACAAAAAGAAGGAAGCUCCAGAAACCGGAAUCUGGUGAUGCAGCAGCACUUCAGUCACUAAAGAAGAACAUCUCCAGUCUGUGGACAGAAAUGCACAAGAAACUGGAAUCACGUGUAAUGGUCCACGUGCACGGAAUGGGGGAUGACCAUGCAGAAACGCAUGCAGGUCAGGAUGGGACGCACGUGCAUAUACAUCUGCAUAUGGACGACCAUCAUGGUGGUCAUGACGACCAUUACGAGGACGACUGUGACGAGGAGUAUCACCAUGGUAGCCACGAAAGUCAUGAAGAAAGCGACGAAAGUCAUGCUCAUAACGACAGCCACGAAGGUCAUGAUCACCGUGGUAGCCACGAAGGUCAUGAAGGUCAUGGUCAUCAUGGUAGCCACGAAGGUCAUGGUCAUCGUGACCAUCACAGGGGAUGUCGGGGAAGAAAACGAAACGCCUAUAUAUAUGGUCGAUGUAACAUGGCUAUGGGCAAUGAACCUUCUAAAUCCGGGCCACGCAACAAUAUUACUGGCGCAGUCUACUUAAGGCAAAAGGUUCGCGGGCCACUGGAGAUACUGCUUGAACUGCGGGGAUUCUACGUACCAAGCGGCCAUUCUGACCAUUCUGUUCAUAUGCAUGGAUUCCACGUGCAUGAAUUUGGCGACUUUAGCGCCGGCUGUACGUCAUCCGGCGGCCACUACAACCCCGACGGUGGCGAUCACGGGGGUCACGAUUCAGAAAAAAGACAUGCCGGUGAUUGGGGAAACAUUUCUUGUGAUGACGCAGGGGAGGUACACAUGAACAUGACAGAUAAGUACUGCGACCUCUACGGACCCCACUCCAUCAUCGGCAGAGGCCUUGUGGUCCAUGAGACCGCAGACCACCUUGGGCGAGCACCAAUGGGCACCAAAAAGAUGAGCGGACAGACUGGAUAUGGAAACGCAUGCUGUACAAUCGCGAGGACUGGCACGCUGGACUGGGAAAUGCUGCUUAAACAUAAGCACUAGGAGUAGAAGACCAAGGUCCACGUUUGACAGGCCUUGGACCUAGAAUAACAUCCCUGAAGACAUAUUUGCAGCGUCAGUAGUCGUGUGUCGAUGCUAAUGGUAGAUGUGCCAGACGGUCAUUUUCGUUUAUUAACUUGUAACCCUAAUUCUGUUCAAUACCAUCUAUUGAAUAAAUAGCUUGCUUUCCAAACAUUUCCAAACUUUGCAAAUAAGCCUUUUCAAAACUAAAAUACCAUAUUUCAAAACCUUGGAAUGACGAUAUUACCAAGUAUUGAAUUGUUUGGAAAGUUAUUGAAUUGUCUGAAGGGUUGUGGAAAGGCUUGAAGAGGCGAGCUAUUUCUUGGACAAUGAGCGUAAAGGUUUUCAGACCUGUAAGCUAUUUCUGGACAGUUUUUCCACCUUCCCUCUAAGCUUGGAAAAGUUGCUUUUCUUCCAGGGGCUUGUGAAUGUAUGCCUGUUUACCUUAUAUAUACUAGUAAGUAGCAUGACCAACUGCGAUGACCUCUGUCAAAUUCCCUUCUUCCCGAGGCAAGGGAGUUAACUGACAAUAAAAGUCCAGUUGCAACGUGGAAACUGUUCAGUUAACGCCCUUGCCUCGGGAAGAUGUCAAAUUCCUUGGCUGGUGUUACAUUACAUUUAUUACCAGAAGUACACUCGUGAAUAGUUACAAUGAACACACGAGGUGUUAGAUCUAUGGAAGAGCUCUCGAUUCUUGUUUCCAGUGUAUUUCGUGAAGGUUACGGCCUAGGUCAGCGACAUUCUUUAUUUCGCUUUCUAUAUAGUGUGCGCUUGUAUGAAAUCUAUGAAAUAAAAUUGUUUUGAAGAGCC